UCCCGCAACCAAAUAUAAUUCGUGGACAAUCACGGGACGCGACGUUUGCACUCCGUUAACUCUAACGGUGGAUAUGUAUAAAAAGUCCUCAAACGGAAAAGUAAAAAAAUAAACUCCAUUCUCAACGAAUCUUGAGGUUCAGGUUGUAACGGUAACGGCUACUCUCUUGGCAAUAAUUGUGAGUCUACCUAUAGAGAGAGAAUGCUAUAGUGUCCAAGGCUCCAAACUGAUCCAAAGUCUACAACUCUUUUGCUUCCAUUACAUUCUCUCUACGGUUCUUUGCUGAAAACUCUCCGGUGAAAGCAUCUGAUUCCGAGUUACAAAGGGUCGGUCUCGGAAUUGAGAUCGGUCCAAGAAUAAUCCUUUUCGGAGGAUUGAAUAUCAUGUGCUAGAUCGGGAACUUAUAAGCUCUUUUGGGUGGUAUUGUUCCUUUUCCGAGAAUGGUCGACGUGGCUCUUAAGAAAUCCUUCAUUUAAUUGGGAGCUAAUGAGAAGAGUUCGGCGCCUGAAUUAAUUAUUGCAAGAUAACUGUUAUUAAUAAUAUUUAUAUCAUCAAAUAGUAUUGACUAUUGAAUAUGGAGACAAGCGGAGUGUUUAGGCCUGAAUCUCAUGUCCCACAGCAAAGUCGACGUGACAAGUUGCGAGUCCAGCAAGCUACUUCAUCAUCGAACAUAGCAGUACCAAUGUCUCACCACUUAGACUAUAAUCCCCACAAUAACCUGGAACAUUUCUCCAGUUCUAGUACUCUCAACCACCCAGAUCACCAUCACCAACAUCAUAAUUACAAUCUCACUAUUAGGAAUAAUCCCAGCAAUAAUUUCAUUUUCGACCCAAGUGUUCUUUCCUCUGAAAUGCUUAAUUUUUCCAGGAAUAAUGUCCUUCCUUCACCUAAUCAUCAUCAACCCAGUAGGAUUAAUAGUGCUAGUACUUGUCAUGGUGAUCCAGAUCAAUUAAGUCAUGAAGCAGCAGCAGCUCAAAUGACGGAAAGGUCUUUGUCUUCGUCAAUGGCGGUUGGUGACGCUUCCCUCUCCUUUCCACGCUCUAAACCUUCAGAGCCUCAGGUUAGUUUUAUUAACUGGAGGAGCCUUAAUAAUGACAGUGAUCCACAGCAAAGCAACUUCGAAAAUUGGUCUUCGUCGACUCAGAAUAUCUCAGGCCAAAAGUACUUAGAGGCAAUGGUAAUGUCAGGAAACGAGCUCGCUCUUCUCCCAAGCUUCGGUAACCAAUCAACGACAUUGCGUUUCGACAAUAUUUCUGGGUCGUCGUCGUCUUCAGUGAUGGGAAAUCAACAAGAUAAUCGUCACCAGUACGAAAAGAGAGAGCAAGAUGCAGAGUUGUUAAGAACGAGUGACACUGUCAUUUGCGAUUCACAUAAUCUCCAAGGUCUCUCUCUUUCACUCUCGUCAAAUCCAACGAGUUCUACAUUGCCCAGCAUACCUCAUCAUCUUGGUGAUCAUGAUCACGAUGAUCAUCGAGAAUCAAAGGCUGAUGAGAAAUCUGCUUACUCGGGUUCCGUUUCAAUGCCAAAGCCAUCCAUAAUCAGCAAAGCUUGUGGUUCAAAAUCACUUCAAGACAUAGUUGGGAGUAGCAACAACUCUUCCAACAUGUAUAGGAGUUCGGGUCCUCUCGGGCCUUUCACGGGUUAUGCUACCAUUUUAAAGAGUUCGAGGUUUUUAAGACCUGCCCAGCAGUUGUUGGAUGAUUUUUGUGGCUCAAAAGAGAUUAAUGUCAAAAUUACUUGUGAUAUUUCUGAGAGGAUUUCUGGUGGAGGUGGUGUUAGCGCUUCUGUGUCGGUAGCAGCCCUUUCGGGUUCGGGUUCGGGUUCGGUUGAUGUGAUUGAGACUGAAGUUCUGGGCAAGGGAAGUAAUUCGUCUGCGUCGUCUUCUACGUUUUAUGGUUCGAAUGAGAUUAGUGGAGACUGUGGCGGUGGGAGUAUCUCUUUGGAGUCUUCAAGACCAGAACACCAACAGAAAAAGGCUAAACUCCUCUACAUGCACGAAGAGGUUGGCAGAAGGUACAAGCAAUACCGUCAGCAAAUGGAGAUGGUUGUUUCGUCAUUUGAGUCCGUCGCAGGCCUUGGUUCCUCCACGCCAUACAUCUCCUUGGCACUCGAAGCCAUCUCAAGACACUUUCGUUGUCUUAAGAAUGCCAUCUCGGACCAGCUAAAGCAGACAGGGAGAGCCUUGGGAGAGGACUUGUCAUCCUUUACGACUGGCUCCAGUAGUUUGACCAAAGGUGCUAUUGAUGCUUUGUUAAGUAGCACAGCAAGGCUAAAGUACAUGGAACAAAGUUUCCUAAAGCACAAGUCCAGUGGGCCAAACUUGAGCUUCCCUGAGCCCCAACAACCUGUCUGGAGGCCCCAGAGAGGCCUACCCGAACGUUCUGUGGCCAUUCUCAGAGCGUGGCUGUUUGAGCAUUUUCUUCACCCGUACCCUACUGACACAGACAAGCACAUGUUAGCCACUCAAACGGGUCUAACUCGAAACCAGGUGUCAAACUGGUUUAUUAAUGCCCGAGUGCGAGUUUGGAAGCCUAUGGUUGAAGAAAUACACAUGCUUGAAACGAAAGGCUUGACAGACAGAAGUAAUAGCAUUAACUCUGGCAAUCAUGAUCAUGCGAUGAAUAAUCCUGUAAACAACGAUCAAGGCACCUGCAGCGCAAGCCAUAUUGACCACACAUCAACCAAGCUUCGUGCGAUUGUGAUGCCCAACAAUAAGCAAAUGGAAUGUUCUGGGACAGGCUACUCAUCAUCACCAUGCAAUAAUAGAGACCGGGAUGGAUCAUUCCUUGUUGAUCAAUCGCAGAGUCAGGAAAAGCGGUCCAGAUUGGAGGGUCAAGUUCCAACCGGCAUGGCUGGGGGGGCACUAGUUGGCUUUGUACCAUACCAUCGAACCGAGCUUGAAAUUUGGAGUCACGCUCGACAAUAACAAAUAACAAAACAUAAAGUAGAAGCUGACAACAUGAAUGUUGUCACCUUUGGAAAAUUUGACUUGGAGGUGAAUAUGAUUCAUAAUUUGAUCAGAUAAUGAAGAGUAGUUUUAUAUGUGCUUUCUAUGCAUGAUCCAUAUUCACCUCCAUUUUGAUAGAACUCUUGUUCUAAUCAUGCGCCUAGCUAGUGGUGGGUAGGCUUCUAUGCUUGAGUAUUUUCUUUGAGAUCAAUUUUAUGAUGUUGUGAAUGGAAUGAGGAUACGUACGUAGAGUGGGCAUAAAUGUUAAUUUUGUCAUGAGAGAAAAGGAGGGAAGGGAGAGGCUGUUUUUUAGAACUAGAGAUGUCCAGAGGAUUGUAUAUAGCUUUGUCAGAAAUUAAUUCAUCUGGGGGUCUUCUUGUUAUCAAUUGCCUAAAUUUCAAAUAAUGGAUGUGUAUAGCUGGGGUUUCAAUGUU